AUGGCCCUGCUGAUGAUGGAAAACUCCGAGCCGGCAAUGCAGCUGGAGAAUCAGCUCUUUGCGUUACCAGCCACGCUAACCGAUCGGUGGCGCACCGAGCAUGAAAAGUUGAACCCCACAACGAUUCUUACGGACAAUGGCUCGGCUGGCGAUAUCAAUUUCUACAUUCCGCCCAGCACAGCCGGCCUACUUAGCCUGGCAGAUAUGAUUCUCGAAUUGGAGGUUGGCAUCAAGGUAAAGAAAGGAGCUGCUGAUUGGGCCUUGAUGACCAACAAUGACAAUGUGGCCCCUGUCAACAAUUUUAUGCACUCACUGUUUUCAUCAUGCCACCUUACCGUGGCGAAUCGACUAAUUUCGGAUGCCGCGACAUUUUACCCAUAUCGGGCGUACAUGGACUCGACACUCUGCUAUUCGGUGGAUGCUCAAAAAUGCCAGUUAACAUCAGCCGCAUUCUACCCCGACACCGCAUCUAAGAUGAAUGACGACAAAGACAACAAAGGCGAAGUCAAUCGCAAAGCCUUGUUUGCUGGCGGCAACUAUGUGCAACUCUCUGGAAAAAUCUUUGCGGACCUGUUUGACCAAAGCAAACCGCUAUGUACCGGCGUGCCCAUCAACAUCCGCUUGGUAAUGAGCCGGCCAGAAUUUUGUUUGCGAGUGUGGGAUACCGAUGCCACCAAGCAGUUCAAACCGUUCAUACGCAAUGCGCGCUUAUCGAUCCGCCGCUACAUUCCGGCGCCAGACUUUAUGACGGCUGUGGCCGCGGAGAUGCUGAAAAAGACUGUCAAGUAUCACAUUGAACGUGUGGUGAUGCGGGUGUCGGAUAUUCCCCAAAAAACCCAAAGUACCGUGGUGAGCAACCUGCAAAUCGGGCAGAUUCCCAAAGUAGUGAUUAUCGGAUUCCUGGAAAGCGAUGAUUUUCACGGCAGCCUUAAAACCAAUCCCUUCAAUUUUCAACAUUUCAACAUCACUCAGAUCAGUGUGGAGGUGGACGGUCAGAGCUAUCCCACAAAGCCUUACACUGCCGAUUUCGGGCGGUCACAGUCACUGGAGUGCUAUGACGGUUUGUUGGACACUUGUGGAUACCGAACGCAUCCGCACAACAGCCUCAAUUUUAAUCGGACCGCUUAUAAUAAUGGCUACACAUUCUUCGGCUUUGACCUGACACCGGGACAUACCGGAAGAGGACCGCUCACUUUGGUGAAACAGGGCAAUUUAAGCGUGUCGGUCAGCUUUGAGAAGCCUCUGGAUAAAACGGUCAUGAUGGUCGCCAUGUUGGUGUACGACAGUAUUAUUGAAAUAAACCAGCAUCGCCAGCUGAUCGCGGACUUUUCAACAUGA